GUCCUCUGUUUCCAUCCACACAGGCACACAGCACGCGCGGACGGCGCCCCUCCCUCACCGCGCAAAUGGCAACCUCCUUCCCGGCCACGACCGCCCCUCCUCUCGUCGCGCCGGAGACCCACCGUGGGCACGGUGCCGGGAUACGCCGCCUCUCGCCGUCGCCGUACUGCUACCCGCAUCUCGCAUUGUCCUCCUCACUGUCCGUCUCCUCCGUCGCCGCCUCUGCUGGCUCCCUCAAACCCAAGCACAGGGGUCUGAGACUUAGGUGCCGUGCCGCGGAGGUGGCGCCGCCGCCGGCGCGGGGGAAGGCUCCGCUCAAGGUGAUGAUCUCGGGAGCGCCCGCGUCGGGCAAAGGGACGCAAUGCCGCAUGAUCGUCGAGAAGUAUGGUUUAGUUCACAUAUCAACUGGGGAUCUUCUGCGAGCUGAGAUGGUGGUAUCACGACUAUCACAACAGGAUGUACAAGAAAGAGGGUGGCUUCUUGAUGGUUACCCAAGGAGCUUCAGUCAAGCACAAAGUCUUGAAAGUUUGAAGAUAAGACCAGAUACAUUCAUUGUGCUGGAAGUUCCUGAUGACAUUCUAAUCAACAGAUGUGUUGGAAGACGGCUGGAUCCUAUUACUGGGAAAAUUUACCAUGUAAAAAACAUCCCCCCGGAGAAUGAGGAGAUUUCUGCCCGACUUAUUACACGUUCUGACGAUACAUUUGAGAAGGUUAAAUCGCGUCUUGAUACAUACAAGCAAAAUUCUGAAGAUAUUCUUCCUACAUACUCAGAUUUGCUUAAUCAGAUUGAUGGAAAUCGCCCAGUUGAAGUCAUUUUUCAGGAGAUAGAUUCCCUAUUACAGAAGAUCUGUGAGAACACUUCAGAAAACAAGUUUACCCAAACAAAUGGAAGACCAUCUGAUUUCGUGGAUACAGGUUUGAAAAAUGAGUGGCGUGGAAUUCCGACAAGAUUGAAUAACAUUCCACAUUCCAGGGAAAUUAGGAAAUACUUCUAUGAUGAUGUGUUACAUGCUACAAAACAUGCUAUUGAAGACAAAAAGACUCGGUUGCAGAUAGACAUCAACAUUCCUGAACUUAACCCUGAAAUGGAUGUUUAUCGCAUAGGAACCCUUAUGGAACUUGUAAGAGAACUUUCUCUAUCCUUUGCUGAUGAUGGAAAACGUGUCAAGGUGUGUGUUCAAGGCUCCAUGGGGCAAGGUGCAUUUGCUGGCAUCCCACUUCAACUGGCAGGAACCAGAAAAAUUUUAGAAUUCAUGGACUGGGGUGACUAUGGGGCGAAGGGUACCUUCAUUAAUAUUGGAGCAGUAGGGAUGCGGAAAAGGCAUCUUCAGGAUUCUGGGGUUUCUUAAGUGGUAUAUUGUGAGGCAAGUGGUCUACUAUAAAAUGACGCCAUCCAUCUUUCUUGGUAUUAUUUGUAUCAAAGCUUAGAAUUGAAUGGAAGAAGCAAAUUUGAAAACUUUACAUUUUCCAAUCUGAUACAUCAGCUAUGAAUGGAAUUGUUGAUCCGUAGGUUUAGUAUGUUUUACCCAUUCAGCCUUUUUGAGUGCACCGCCUAUUUUCCCCGUUCCUUAGAUUCUCCAGCCAUAUCCAUGUUGAUGUAAAGUUUCACAAGCAUAUCGAAGGAUAAAAUGGCUACUAGAGAUUUUUUAUCAGCUUAUUAUCUAAUAUCAGUACCUUACUCUCAUAGGUUGAUGGCUGGUAUGCAAUUUUACAAUAUGCGGGAUUCAAAAUUUCAUCAGACUAUUUUCAUGUUUGAAGAUUCUGUUCCGAACUGCUUUGCAUUAGAAUCCUUAAUACCAAGUUAAAUAGUUGGAAUAAUGAAACUGAAGUUUUUUGUUUCUAGUCCUCCAUUCUGAAAGAUGAAUGGAACCUGCAUACUUAUGACUUGAUGGUAUCACAAAACUACCAUCUUUGUUGCUCCGAAUGCAGGGUUUCUUUCUUGAACUAGUGAAGAUGCAUGAGCCAUAGGCACAUAUUUUGAAAAAGUUAUGUGAAAAAUAAUUUGAUUACAUCAAAACGACUACUAAAAAGUUAGCUUCUUUAUUAAUGCCGAGCAAUUCAUUCCACUUAAAAAUUACUACAUGAGGAUUAAAUAUUAUUCCAUUACACACGCACAACAUCUGGUCCUAGAUCCAUCCAUCCGCAACAAAUACAAUUGUCACACAUCUGCUUGUCACACUGCAUUUAAAUAAUAUUCUUUCAAUUCUAUUUGUUACUGUAUAGAAUAAUACGUGGCCGUUUUAUACGUGAACCGUGACUAAGCUUGUGCAGGUAUGUGUGUGUGUAUAUAUAUAUAUAGUAUAUGGCGAGGCUAAAAUGCAACAAGGUGCAUUUGUUACCCCGGUUGCACAGACCUCCUGGUUGCGUCCGUGCCCCGCGCACCGUGCGCGCCCCGCGCCCCGCGCGCGCCUCCCGGCCUGCUAGCGGCCCAUGGGAUGCGUCAUCCCCCCGCACAUGGGCCCGUGACAGCCUACAAGGUCCGCCUGGCGUGGCCUACCGCGGCAGAGCGCCAAAAUGCAACACCGGUUAUAUACCAAUUGCAAACAUUAAUGUUGUUCAAUUGCAACCAUGUGCGAUGUCCUCGAGGAGGGGCCGUCCGGACAAAAUAAAUGGGGUGCUGUGUUUUGAAUGGAUCGAGGAACAUCCGAAUCACCCCAAUUCGCCGCCGCCGCUGCCAAAAAGCACCCCAAUCUAGUUGGAGAUCCACCUGUGAGACAUGGCGCCGCCGCCGCUGAUCCCACCUGCAUCCCCCGCCCCAGCACCCAAUCACGAUUCGCAGGCGCUAGUUCGCGCAGUUGCAAUUGCGGAUUAUACGGCAGCAUACAGAGCUCGGUGCUCCACAGCGGAAGGAGCAAGUACGCCGUUGUCUAGGGUGUCGUUGCCCCCCGUCGCCGCCCCAACGACAACCCUGCUGUUGUAGUAGCUCCUACGCAAUACCCCGGAGCCAAUUCUCCUAAUCCCCUCCAUCACAUGUCGACGCUAACGCCACCCGCGGCACUGCCUCCAGGAGCCCUGCAGACUUCAGAAGCUACGCAAAUUAUCUACCUGGAUCCUAAUAUAGCCCCUGUGUUUGUGCCAAGAGUGAAGCAGGUGUUCCCUACAAAGAACGAUGCAUAAAUGUUUUAUAGGGACUAUGCGAAGCUAGCUGGGCUUAGUAUAAGGACAGCCAGAACUAGCAAAGAAACCAAUCAUUGGGUGUGCUCUAGGGAGGGGUGGCAUGAAGGUAAAAAGGGGGAAGAGCCCAACAAGACGGAAAAGGGAUCAAAAAGAUGCGGUUGCCCUGCAUAUGUCAAAGUAAAGCAUGACAAGAAGCAGGGGUAGUGGUACUUUGAUCAUGUGCAUGAAGCCCACAAUCACAAACUAGAACCAUCUCCUAGAAUGACAAGAUACAUGCCUGCACACAAGAACAUGGAGGAAGGCAUGUGUGACAUAUUCAAUAUAAUGACAAGAAAUAGGGUUCCACAUCAAGCAGCAUUGAAUGUGAUGGCAGAUCUGUAUGAUGGUCGGCAUAUGUGGGGUUUUACGUAGGACAUAAAAAAUAUGAAGGCGGAGAAAGUUAGGGAGGAAAGAGACGAUGAUCUUAACAAGCUUCUGCAAUUCUUCAGGGAGUGUAAGGAGAACAAUGAGCACUUCUACUGGGAUGUGGAUGCAGAUCCAAAAACUAGGUUGCUGAAAAACAUAUUCUGGAGCCAUGCAAGCCAGAGGGCUGAGUACAGAGACUUUGGAGAUGUCAUUACAUUUGACAUGACACACAAAACAAACAGCAAGCACAUGCCGCUAGCCAUGUUUGUUGGGGCAAACAAUAAAUUGAAGAAUGUAUCAUUCGGGAAAGCAAUGAUUGGUGAUGAAACAACUGGAUCAUUCAAGUGGUUGUUUGAGACCUUCAAGAACUGCAUGGGUGGUCGGCAGCCUUAUGUGAUCCUAACAGAUGAGGAUCCAGCUAUGAGGCAAGCAAUAGGGAUGGUACUUGACAGAACACAACAUAGAAACUGUCGCUGGCACAUCCUGAGGCUGUGGGAGUAUGAGCUGGACCACCUGUACGUCCAACACAAGAAUAAGAAUUUGAAAGAAAGAUUGGAAUCUUUGAUAAAUUAUCCACUUGGGCCAAUGCAAUUCGAGAUCGAAAGGAUAAGGCUAGUUCAUGAAUGUGGCAUUGCUGAAAACCCCACAAUAAAAGUCCUGUGGGAUAAGAGGGAGAGGUGGAUAGUAGCUUACUUCAAGGGGAUGUACUGUGGGAGAAUGACAUCGACACAAAGAUCAGAAAGCCAAAACAAGGUCCUUAAAGAUGGCUAUGUUAAUGAGAGUACAAGCAUGCACAUGUUUGCUAAAAGGAUGCUGGACACACUUCGACAUGCAGACCACAUGGAUGCCGGCGAGACACACUACGCCCAGGCUGAGCUGGUGCGAGCGUGCAAAGCAAAAUUUGAUGAGCAGCUAAGCAGGCUAUACACAAGGGCUGUAUACCAAGAGUACAAGAAGCAGUACAAUAAUAGUACAACAUUUGUGACUGAGCCUAAUCCAGAUCCAAGAGUGAAGAAUGGAUGGCUAGUGAAGCAUGAAAAUGGGGAAGGGAGUUUUUGUUGGGCCCAACAUGAGUUCAAGGUGGUUGCAGAUAAGGAAGCUGGUGAAUACAGCUGUGAAUGCAAACAGUGGGAACAUAUAGGGCUGUUCUGCAUGCACAUCAUUAGAGCCUUCACACAACUUCAGGUCAGGAAGAUACCAGAGAAAUACAUACUGAAGAGGUACACUCGUGAUGCAAGAGAAGAAGUUAUGUGGGAUAGGCACGAUGGUGUGCGGAUCGGUGCACAAGCAAGCAAAGAGCAGUGCAGGACGUCGAAGCUGCUACCUAAACUGAUGAGGCUUGGAAAAGUGGGGAGUAAGUCAGACCGUGCUUAUGAAGAAACCAACAGGCAGCUGGACAAGAUUACUCCGGGUAUUGAAUUAUUCCCGAUAAGUGCAGAUGAUGAAUCAUCGGACCCUGCCCCAUCAUCAAAUGGGUCAGCUGUAACAUCUGGAGGUGCUGACACUAAUUCACCACCGUCAUCAGCCCUGUUACAUGCUGGGGUGUUGCUAAUUGAGCCACCAGUGUCUCGCACAAAAGGCAGGGCCUGGAAAACAAAAGAAAAAUGAUGUUGAGGCUCCACUUAAUGGCACCCCACUAAGCACAUACACAAGAGCGAACUAUGGUGAUAGGGAAUGCAGCAGAUGUGGGGUUCGAGGUACGCAUUACAGCACAACAUGCCCAAUAAACCCUGAUCGAAGCAAAUCAGCAGAAAUGUGUGCAACCAAGAAAAGUACCAAAAUGAAUGAUGGCCCCCCGAGGAAGAGUGGACGGCCAAGGAUCGUGAAGGAUCUGCGUGAGGGAGAAGAUCUGGAUAAAGAUGAAUGGCCUGUGACACAACAUGGCAGUGCUACAACCAAUGGAGUGGGUGCAGAAAACAGUGGACGUCGCCAAAGAGCUAAACGUGUAAACUACCAGGAAUGACGUAGUGUUGGCGCUCCUUAAGUACCCAUUUUACUAUAUGAUUAGGAGUCGUUUUGGUAAAUUCUUCGGGAUGAUUCAUGUACUAACCCGCCACUUGGCACCCGAACUUGACCGUUUUCGAUUU